CAACAGCUGGUCAGACGAACGCAGUGCUGCCACUGUUACUACUUCUGGCUCUUGGCAAAGGCAAGCACCAGCUACGCUAGCCAUCCGGCCAACGGCACCCCCAAAAUCUGCAAUAACGCUAUCGAAAAGGAAGGCUGCCUUGUCGAACGCUGAAACGAUCAGAAACAUUGUUCCGUGUAGUAGAUUUGCACUCGUCGGAUUAACAGAGUUCUAGCACGACUGAUCAUACUAAGGUUACCGUGGAACAUUGGCCAGCGCUUGUGCAUUUGUGCGUGUACAGCGGUACUUUUAGUGUAAACAGAAGCUUGCUUGUACAAAAGGAAAUACGACGGGACCUACUAUAUACAUAUAUAUAUAGAUAUAUAUAUGUAUAUAUACACACACACACACACACACCCAUACUCUACCUGUGUGACUUCAGUGAUAUCUGACACAGGGUCGGAUUCCGACGCACGGAUGUGCCAUUGAAGAGUGUACCUAUAUCUAUCUGUAAUUUCUUCGGAACAGGACAACGGGCUCGUGGUGACGCACGUCAGCGUUGAAGGCGCUGUUGCUUAGGGUGCGCCUUUGUGGCGAUUCUACUGACAGACCAGAACAACCGGACUCCGGCCGGUUGUUGAGGGGGAUUGCGUGACGAUGCAAACGAGGUGUAUUCUUAUUUGGGUGUUCGCCGUCGCCGUCGCCGUCGCCGCCACCCAGGAAGAGCCGACGCCAGUGAACGGUGCCGCUGUCAGCGAACUGACCAUUCGGACGGUCACGAGCACGCCAGCCGAGCCAGCGAUCGAGGAAGCCGUACAGGUGCCCGCCACCGACGCCAAAAAGGCCGAAAACGAGAAUCCCAUUAUCGCUGAGCCACAAGAGCAGGACAUUGUUGUCCAACCGCAACAGCAGGAUGAAAUUAAGGUUGUCAGUCAGACUCAACCAGCCGCAAAAGAGCUGAGUUCCAUGGAGGCGCCAACAACGACGACAGCCACCCCGGACGAUGUAACAACUACAACAUCCAGCGUUGGACCAACAUGCGCGCCCCACACCUGCCGCAUGCUCUGCCCAUUUGGUUUCUUAACAGAUGACCGCGGCUGUCCUCAAUGUGAGUGUCGUCAACCUUGCGCCGGUAUCCAAUGCCCUGGUGGUCACGAGUGUCAUCUUGAUGAUUCUAACUGUCGGCCUGGCGAGCCUUGCGUGCCAAGCACAAGCUGUCGACGUGCUAAAACUCUUCGUCAAUGCGCAUUCGGUGUGCCACUAUCGGCCCCGACGACAAACGGCCAGACAGCUUUGCGACCUCUGCUCUGUGGCGUCGCUAAAGGUCAACCGAAAUGUCCCUCCGGCUACGAGUGCUCGGUUCCGUCUGAUGCUGAAUAUGGAUUGUGUUGCCCAAUGGAAAGUUCGUCGAGAGAUCAAGAACCACUAACCCAAAGGGAGAGGAACGAUCAGGUCCAUGAAGGCGAGUGCCCACAGAGCGUAGCUGCAGAUUUCCGCUGCGAAGAGAGCCUUACCUGUGCCAUCGACUCAGAUUGCCAGACUUUCCAAAGGUGUUGUGCGACAUCGUGCGGUACUCCAAGAUGUCUUGAAUCGCGGAACUCAACCACCUGUGAACAGCAACGACGCCUGGCGGCGCUUUUCUCCGAAACUGUCGAGGAACCGGGGUACAUCCCCCAAUGCGAUUCUAAGGGUGAAUUCAUGCCACGCCAGUGUUCUUCAAACGGCAAAAUCUGUUGGUGCGUUAAUGACGCUGGGCAGCAAAUGACAGGAUCGAUAGGCCCUGCAGAAGAAGUCAAUUGUGACACCGUCAUCGAAAAGCAGUCCGGCGCGGGGCUGAGUCAGGGGCGUGCUGCGUUUGCCCGUUCCCAUCGCAUAAAUGACGAUAACGAAGACCAGCCCAAGACAGACAACGAAGCUGUCGCAGUUGAAGAUCGAGCGAAGAAUGAACGCAUGUCUCAUCACGCCUGCUCUCUACUGACAUGCGAUGUUUUAUGUGAAUAUGGUUACCGUACCGAUGAGCAUGGGUGCAGCCUAUGCGAAUGUGUCGACCCGUGCGAGAAUAACAAUUGUGCAGCCGACGAAGAAUGCGUAUUUGUUAAGGAGGAGCCUUGCAAGGCUGAAUCAUGUCAAAUGACUGCGACUUGUUCCAAGAAGGUAACACCACCGGAGGCUUUUGGUGGCACCGGUACAGAAGGCCAUUGGUUUUGUUCGUCCGGCCGCCCACAGCUGCAACAAGUCCAGCAGCCUAGCGAUAAUUCGAGCGGCAACUCGAGUCCUACAAUUGUCGUCGACGUCGUGAAGUGCGCCGACGCUGAACGCUGUGCCGAUGGAUUCGACUGUGAGAUUCCCUCAGGACAAUCCAGCGGAAUUUGCUGCCAAAGAGCACAGGAAAGCAUCGUUGAGCCAACAGGACCUGCAGAGCGUCGCGUCGUCAGUGACGCGAUGGUUGUCGUUGUCAACAACCGACGCGAGCAGGAGAGUAACAGCGAAGAAGAAGAAGAAGAGACUGACACAAAAGCUGCUUCAACGCAAUCGGCUGGCCCUGCGGAAUCUGCUUCCGUCCCCGCAGUUGUGUCAACCAUAUGUGAGUAUUUACGGGAACUGGGAUUGCGCGGUGAGAAUCUCGCUGUGCCAACGCCAGUCUGCAAUGAAGAAGGACGCUAUUCAGCCCGUCAGUGCGAUACAGAGGGAUGCUUCUGCGUUGAUGACUUUGGUGUCGAGAUCCGCAAUUCGCGAAUUUCCGCCAGCAGCGGAAACAAUUCGAACGGUAACAGCACCACGGGCGGUGCUGGAAGUGAAGCUGAGUGCCGUCAAAUAAGAUCUGCCAAGCCGUGCUACAACGUUCUUUGCCGUCUUGGCUGUGACUAUGGUUUCGAAUACGAUGCUGAGGGCUGUCCACUGUGCGCCUGCAGAAACCCGUGUAAGAAUGCUCGAUGCACACCCGACCAUAUCUGCCAACUCGCAGAACCAGAUGCUCCAUGUAAUCACCGUUGGUGUCCUCCUGUACCAAAAUGUGUGAGCAAAGACGCCGCCCAGAGAAACCUCGAGCUAAUUUGUCCUUUCAACGGUGGCUCGCUUGCACCCCUGAUCGAUGCUGAAAGCCGUGAGGUCGUUCAGUGCUACGCUGACAGUAGCCGAGAAGACACUUGUCCCGCGGGACAUCACUGUGUUCCUACUAGUGAUGACGCUGAACAUGGUUUCUGCUGCCCUAAUUCAAUUCCGGCUUCGUUAAGCACCGUAGACCAGAGUGUCCCACCAAACGAUGGUCCUGUAGGCCGUCAUGAAGGCCGUAUCAAGCAAGGCCAAUGCCCAUAUCUGAUUCCGCUGGAUACGCCUGUUGCCGCGAUGUCCUGCGAGGUUCAAUGUAGCGCUGAUCAACAAUGUCCCCAUGAGCUAAAAUGCUGCUCAAACGGUUGUGGCACACAGUGUAUGGUCCCCGUACAGAUGAGCGGCUGCGAACACACUCGAACAAUCCGCGAGCACCAGUUUCACGCUGGACAGAUGAAUCCGUCUGAAGGCAUGCCAGUCCCAUCGUGCAAUCCGCUCUCUCGAGCCUUUGAAGAUGUACAAUGCCAUGGUGAAUUCUGCUGGUGUGUCGAUACUGCUGGGAUUGAGAUUCCGGGAACGCGAACCAGCGGACCACCACAGGUUAACUGCACUGCUAUACGUGAAACCGGUAGCAACCUCAAUUCUACGUCGUGCAACGUCGAAUGCAACGUUGAAUGCGAAUUCGGCCAGAAGCUGGACAGCAGGGGUUGCCCGUCAUCAUGCGAAUGCAUUGAUCCCUGCGAGCAACUGUCAUGUGGCAUGAACGAGGAGUGUCACCUCAUCGAACUCGCUUGUGUCUCGCAGUCGAAACAACCAUGUUCUCGUCAGGCCCUUUGUCGACCCAGGGUCGAAAAUGUCUGUUCGGUAGGAAGUUCACUAUUCGUUAACGAUAGUUUGUUAACCUGUGGCCCUGGUGGGGUUGCAUGUCCUACUAGCCACAAGUGUCAGCUAGAUAUCUUUGGCAAGUUCGCCCAGUGCUGUCCAAAGCCGAGAGAGAUAUGCUUUAGUGCUCCGCCCAUGUGCGUGCAGACACAGGAUGUGCCCACAGAUGUCCAUGAGCGUUGGUUCUACAACCCGAUGGAGCAGCAAUGUCAGCCAUUCAGAUAUAACGCCGACUACUGCCAACACGGGCUCAACUACUUCUCGAGCCUGGAGGAAUGUGAGAGUGUCUGCCCGAUAUAUACAGAAUGCGAGUUGAUGCGUGAAAAGACUCGUACGCGGGUUAAGAACAGCGCAACAAUAACGGCUCCAGUGUACAUACCUAAGUGUAAUUCUCGCCUGGGCACUUGGGAACCACUGCAGUGUAUGCAUGAUCUUGGCCUGUGCUGGUGUGUUGAUCAGAAAGGCAACCAGAUUGCCGGAAGCAUGGUUCGUGGUACGCCCAACUGUAACGAUCCUACGACUACUCGUAGCGGGCGCAACAUUACACCCGCGGCCAUCUGUCCAGGUGGAGAACCGGUGCAUAUCUGUGAUGCCGAAGAGGUUUGCGGAGAGAAGAUCUGUGCGGCUCGCACCAAUGCCACAUGCCGCGUCGAUCCUUGUGGAAGCUGUAAAGCUGUCUUCUUCGAUGAAUUUAACAAUAUUGUUGACUGCAGCAAGGGCCUGACUGCUUGUCAGGAAGAAGCCCAGCAGGUGGUUAACUCGCGCGCAUGGACCAACCAAGGGCUCAACACAAUCAGUAACUUGGUGAGUGCACUUCGCGAGCUCUCUGAAGGAAUGCUCCAGGAUGAGCUGGCGCAAUCGUCGCGUAUCUUCGCCAACCCCAUUGAAAUGAUAGCCAGACAGGCCAGUAGUAUUAUACCAAUGCCGCACGAACUCCUUCAUAGGGUUCGUCGUUCACCAAAAGUCGUUUUCGAUGAAGCCACAGCUAAUCAUAGACGCGCGAAGAGAGAAACACUUUCUGAUGAAAUUAGCGAUUAUGAUGACCCAGCUGCAAGAGCCAUGGGCGCUUAUCAUCAAAACCGGAGGCGUGCUCCUAUUCAAGAGCCAGUCGCUGACUAUUCUGCUCCACCAAAGGUGGUGGUGCCAUUGCGGGCUCCUAUUAUCAUGGUCGUUCACCGACGUAUUGUUCCGCGUCCUCCAGUAAUGCCUUCUCCAUUAGACAUCAUGCAAGCGUUGUCGUCGACGGUUCCCCGUAUGCGUAUUCUUGUUCGGCUUCCUGCUGACCCUCCAACGCAGCACACGGUCUUUUCUAGUGAGCCUCUUCCGCAGAAACGCAUGCAAGAGUCCCGCGAAGAGGUUACGACAAUGGACCGAUCAGUUAGUCUUCCAGGCGGUAUCGACCCUGCUAUGUUCAUGAGCCACAUUACCUCGAUUAUGGAGCGCUUCAUUGGGGGUGAGGGCUCUGCUCCUGCUGCUCCUAUUAUACCACAGGCCCAACCAAGUGGAGGAAUCAUUGUUGGUCCAAACUUCGCCGAAGUGAAGAUGACAAUGAAGUCGGAAACACCGGUCCCUGCCGUUGCAAUGCGUCAUAUCGAACAAGGAUCCAUUGAUACCUUGCUCAACUAUCUUUUUGGACACAACCAUAUGAAUACCAAUGCUCAGCAAGAGCGUGAGGCAACGCCGCAAGUGACGCCACAGACCAUGAAAAAAGGUGAAUGCCCCCGAGGAGGUUUCGCUGAGACCAUUCUUCAUUCAAUGGUAUCUGGGUGUCGCACGGAAUGUAACGAUGAUAGCGACUGCUCGGCCUUGGAGCGUUGCUGCCGCUACGGAUGUUCAACGGCUUGCGUUGCCCCUGUGGUUACCAAGGUGGCUGAAAGUGAAAACAAAGUAAAGCCUGGAAGCUGCCCUGUUCUACCGAUUACUCCUGCUUGUCUGUUCCCCAAAGUGCAGUGUACGGAGGACAGUCACUGCCCUGCCGAACAGAAAUGCUGCAGCGGACCCUGCGGAGCCAUGUGCCAGAUGCCGAAUGAUGAGUCACCUGAACUUGAGGCUUCAAUGCCGCCUACAAUGGUCGUCGCCCCGCCUGUGUGCUCAUCCGACGGAGGAUACGCUGUUAGCCAGUCUCAAGGCCAACUUGCCUGGUGCGUCAACCGCUUCGGUGUGCCCAUUGACUCGACCCUUACCAAAGGCCAUGUCUCCUGUAAUGUCAACGGUACAAUUACGAAGCGGGUAUCCUCUGGUGACAUUUGUCCUGAAGGCCAGGCCCCCAAGGUCUGCCGCGACGAGUGUAGUUUGGCCACCUGUUUCGCUCACCCCGACGCAAUGUGCGUGGCUGAUCCGUGCAACAAGUGCGUACCUUAUUUUGUUGAUGCCGCUGGUGACAAAGUGGAUUGUACUGCCAUAUGCGACCAGGAAGCAUUCAAGACGGCGCCAUGCCACGUCAAUUCCGGAAUCAGGCGACGAAUCCGCUUCACAUUCAACCAAACAUCUCAGAAGUGCGAACGCUUUGAUUAUCAGUGUAACGGCAACGAUAAUAACUUUGAGAGUGCGGAAGGAUGCGAGCAACAAUGCAAGAAAUUCAAGUCUUUAUGCGAAUUGCCGAAGGAACGAGGUCUAUGCAUGGGAGCCUUCAUGAAGUGGUGGUACAACCCUAUCACCGCACAGUGUGAGGAAUUUCAGUACGGAGGAUGUGGUGGUAACGCCAAUAAUUUCGAAACUAAGGCUGCCUGCGAGAUGCGCUGUCCUGAUUUGGUGCUUUGCCCCUAUGAUACGAUUACAAAAGAGGGACUCACACGUGAACCAUGUGACCGCGUAAAGGCCUGUGCAGCAGCAGCGUGUCCAGGCGAUGCCUCUGCGAUGUGUCAGGUGGACCCAUGCGAUUGUCGUGCGACCUGGAUAAAUACUGACACCGGUGAACCGGCGGAUUGCGAUCGUCCGGUAGACCCAGAAAGCGGCGCCAAUCUCAAAGAAAUGAUUAACGCGAUUAUGCCUAAAUGCCAAGCGCUUCAAAAGAAGAACGCCGUUCUCGGACACGUGUACGUUCCCGAGUGCGAUGGAGAGGGCACGUUCCAGCCAACCCAGUGCAUUUCUCUGCCAACUAAGAGAGAAUGCUGGUGCGUCGAUGCUGCGGGACAUCAGAUGGGAGAACCAUUCACAGCCGGUUCAAAGACGUGCGCUGCUGUGAAGAUCUCUCGCGUUGAUAUGGAUCUGGCAUUCGAUGGCUCCGAAUCCAUGACAAGCACGGUGGACAAAGAACAGAAUGAAACCGCGCUGGCUGAAGGACUUAAGCGAGCGCUACGCUCAAUCGAUGCUGAUUUCCGCGAGGAGGAUGUCCGCAUUCAGAGCACCAACGAUGUCGCCACCCCCGAAAACAACGACAAGAUGAUUCAUGCUCGUUUCACACUUCGAGGAAACAAUUGCGCUACUAUGGCCUAUAAGAUCGAGCAACUGGUUAUGGGCAAGAUGCUGCGUGUAGGCAGUCAGGUGGCCAAAUACAAGAACUCGAGGUUCACGUACAUCGCUAAGGAGGAUGACCGCGAGAAGGAGGAAGAUGCUCAGGAUGCUCGAGGACAUGGUUCAGGCCGUGUUGAGGUCAUCUACAGCGCAGACCGCAAUGAAGUUCUUGCCGUCAAGCGACUCCUUGAACCGCGUACGGUCGACGCUCGAACCACCACUCUAGCUGCGGCAGUACUUGCAAUUACCGUAGUUAUGUGCAUCCUUUUACUGCUUACACUACUUAUGCAUAAGCGAAACAAACAGAAGCAGCUUGCAAAAGAAGCAGUAGAUCCGGCUGACGCCCUUCCACGUGGCGCCGUUGCUUUUCCGAAUCCGGUUUACGCGAUCUGGACAAACCGAGUGAUGAGCGCUGUAUGCCGUCGCUCUCCUGUCCCAUCGCCUCCAAAAUCGCCCGAUGACCUCGCCAGGAUGGAGGCACAACAGGGCCACUCCAAUGAUAGCCAUCUUGAUAAUAACGAUGAUGUAGAUGAUGAGUUUAAUAAUCCUAGUUAUGAGGUGUUCGAGGAUCAUGGCACAAUAGUGGAGGGUCAUGCUCCAUCGCAAGCGGGCGCAAUCAACAACAACAGACCGGGGGUUACGAUUAAUUUGAAUGGCAAGCGGCCCCCCAUUAACGCUUCGCCCAAAAAAAAUUAAAUUCUUAAACGUCAUAUCAGCCAACGAGAAAGAGAUUACAGAACAGCGGCUCGGCGAAAGAAUAAUUAAACAA